AUGUUUUUCUUCAGAUUCAUCCUCGCCUUUCUCGCCCUCACAGUUGGAACAACUGCCUACGAGGAUCCACUCGUCAACCUCACCUAUGGCUCAUUCCAAGGCUACUACGAUAAAACCUACAACCUCUCAUACUUUCGUAAGAUCCCAUUCGCCGCACCUCCCACUGGAAUUGAUCGCUCCCGCGCCCCUCAACCACCGCUCCAUAUAACAAAUAGCAUCUACGACACGAACCAGGACUUCGACAUGUGCCCACAACGCACAGUGAACGGAUCAGAAGACUGUCUUUACCUAGGCCUCUUCUCGAGGCCAUGGGAACAGUUGCAACAAGUUCGUCGACCUGUCCUAGUAGUAUUCUACGGCGGUGCUUUCAUCCAAGGCAGCGCAGCAUUCACCAUACCGCCAGCCUCCUAUCCCGUCCUCAACGCAAGCACUUUCAAUGAUUAUAUUGUCAUAUACCCGAACUACCGCGUCAACGCAUUCGACCAGCAAUACGUUCUCAAGUGGGUACAGAGUCACCUCCAUAAGUUCGGCGGCGAUCCACACAACGUGACGAUCUGGGGCCAGUCUGCCGGUGCAGGCUCCGUCGUCGCGCAGGUGCUGGCGAACGGCCGCAACAGAAAUCCAAAGCUCUUCUCGAAAGCACUCGCCAGCUCCCCUUUCAGGCGCAAAACUUAUGCGUAUGAUGCGCCUGAGGCUGAAGCAAUAUAUCAUCAGUUUGCUACUUUGACGGGAUGUGCUAGUGAUGGCCAUGAUCAUGAGACAUUGGCAUGCUUGAAGUCUGUUGAUGUGCAGUCGAUUCGUGCGGCGAGUCUUAUCAUCGAUGCAGAUAAUACUUGGACUACGAGCUCGUAUACUUGGGCACCUGUGAUUGAUGGGCAGUUUCUGGUUGAUACAUUGACGGAGGCAGUAGGUGGUGUGGGUGUUUUGAAUACUGAGUUCCUAUGGGACUUGACGGUAAUGGCCAAUGGAUAUAACUCCUCGGAUGCGAGUCUUCAUAAAUGGGUUACAGGUUUCUUACCCGGCUUGUCUGUGGAAGAGGUCAAGGAUGUCGAAGAGGUGUAUUAUCCUACCGACGGAUAUACUGAGAUCAUCACCGAGUAUAACACAACCUAUGUCCGAGCUGGACUCAUCUAUCGAGAUGUGGUCCUCGCCUGCCCAGCAUACUGGAUGGCGUCGGCAUCCAAGAGGAGAGGGUAUCUGGGAGAGUAUACCAUUUCGCCAGCCACUCAUGGAAGUGACACUAUCUAUUGGGAUCAAAUCAACUCCGUACAAGAGACGAAUUCGAUCGUCUACGAAGGCUAUGCUGGUGCUUUUGCCAGUUUCUUUCAAACGGGAGACCCGAAUGCGCACAAGCUAACCCAUGCUUCAGAGCCUGGGGUACCGGAACUUCGGAUAACAGGAGAGGAAUUCGUGAUUGUAGAUCAUGGGUUUGAGACUGUGAAGCUAGCUCAGCUGGAGAAGAGAUGUGAGUUCUGGAGGGGGCUAGGAAAGAAGAUCCCGGUUUGA